ACACCUGGACUUGCUGUGCUAUGAAGAUCGCCCUGGUUCACUUCUGCAUCAUCACGCUGGUGCUGCUGAUGUGCUGCUUCACUGUGGAAGCAACCCUGGGGGGGACAGCGAAGUGUAAGCCCCAUUUUAAGUUUGCCCAUAAACUCAAAAAAUGCAUUAAAGUCAGGGCAAAGAAGAAGGUACGUCCUUCCGCAUUACCUACAACUGCAACAACUGCAGCUGCUGGCUAAAAAUUAGACCUUUAAUGGCCCAAAGCGUAUUAAUAAACGGGAGGAGAAUAGCA